AUGUUUUCCAGCAAGAAGCGCCAACUCGAGACUGACGAUGCACCGGCCGGAUCAGAGCCAGCAUCCGGGCAAAAUUCGAGCCCGCCAACCAAGAAGGCGCGGGUCGAGUCACGCAAACAGCUCUUCGUCCGAUCGCUGCCGCCAUCAGCCACGAGCGAGUCCCUGACCGAAUUCUUCUCGCAGCAUUACCCAGUCAAACACGCCACGGUGGUGCUCGACCCCAAGACCAAGGCCUCCAGAGGCUACGGCUUCGUCUCGUUCACCGAUCCCGAGGAUGCGCACGAGGCCAGGGAGAAGCUCGACAACGAGCUCUUUGAGGGCCGCCGGCUGAAGCUCGACAUCGCCCAGCCCCGGCAUCGCGAUGCCGCCAAGUCGGGCGUCGAGGCUGCGUCCAAGGCCGUGGAGGAGAAGCGGAAGCGGGAGGAGGACUUGGCAGAGGCUCGGAAAGCGCCCAAGCUCAUUAUUCGGAACUUGCCCUGGAGCAUCAAGACGUCGGAGCAGUUGGCCAAACUGUUCCAGCCCUAUGGCAAGAUCAAAUUUGCCGAUCUGCCCAAUGACAAGGGCAAGCUUGCCGGCUUCGGCUUCGUCACCCUACGCGGCCGUAAGAAUGCCGAGAGGGCGAUGGAGGCUAUCAAUGGCAAGGAGGUCGAUGGGCGGACGCUGGCCGUGGAUUGGGCGGUGGACAAGCGGACCUGGGAGAAACUGAAGGACACUGCUACGUCGGAAGGCGGCGACGACACCGACAAGAAUCCCAAGGCCAAGAAGUCGAAGAAGAAGGCGGAAAAUGAGAAAGAGGAGGAGGACGAUCCGAAUAUGACGCAAGAAGAUCGGGACCUGGUGAACUUCUUCAAGAACUACGGGGACAACCUAGAGGAUGAGGAGGAGGAGGAGGAGGAGGAGGAGGAGGAGGAGGAGGAGGAGGAAGAGGAGGAAGAGGAGGAAGAGGAGGAAGGAGAUGACGAGAGCGGCGGGGAAGAAGGGAAUGAAGACGGGAAGGACGAAGACGAAGAGAUGGACGAGGACGGCGAGUCUGAAGAGUCUGGUGAGGACGACGAGGGGAAGGAAAGGCCCAAACGGCCGAUGACAGACAACUCGACAACUCUCUUCAUCCGCAACCUCCCCUACACGACGACCGACGAGACACUCAAGGCUCACUUUGAACGAUUUGGGCGCGUGAGAUACGCUAGAGUGGUGAUGAACCGCACUCUCGACAAGCCAGCCGGCACAGGGUUCGUGUGCUUCUUCAACGUGGAUGACUUCAAGGCAUGCUUGAAGGGGGCGCCACGCCAUCGGCCUGUUACAACGCUGGCCAAGCACUCGGUCCUGCAAGACGAGACGGCCGAUCCAGAAGGCAACUACACGCUCGACGGCCGCAUCCUGCAGGUCGCGCAGGCCGUGUCCAAAGACGAAGCCGCGCGCCUGGCUGAAGAAGGACCACGCAAGGGCAAGGACAAGGACAAGAGGCGACUCUUCCUGCUGGCAGAAGGCGCCAUCCAGAAGAACUCGCCGCUCCACAACAAACUCACCCCGACCGAGAUCAAGAUGCGGGAAGCCAGCGCCAAGCAGCGCAAGAAGCUGAUCGAGUCCAACCCGGCGCUGCACCUGAGCCUGACCCGCCUCGCGGUCCGCAACAUCCCGCACAACAUCGGUUCCAAGGAGUUAAAACAACUCGCCCGCGAAGCCGUCGUCGGCUUCGCCAAGGACGUCAAGGAAGGCCGCAGGCAACCGCUCUCCAAGGAAGAGAACACGCGCGGCGGCGAGGAGGACAGGGAGGCGGAGCGGCGCAGGAAGGAGAAGGGCAAGGGCGUGGUGAAGCAGGCCAAGGUCGUCUUCGAGACCAAGGAGGGCUCCAAGGUGGACGAGAAGACGGGCGGCGGCAAGUCGCGCGGCUACGGCUUCAUCGAGUACUCGUCGCACCGAUGGGCGCUGAUGGGUCUGCGCUACCUGAACGGCCACGCGCUGAAGAACGAGGCGGGCAAGACGCAGCGGCUGAUUGUCGAGUUCGCGAUCGAGAACGCGAAUGUAGUGCAGCGGAGAAAGGCGCAGGAGGAGAAGAUGAGGCAGAGGCAGUGGGAGGACAGGUCACAGGGCGGGAAGAGUAGGGCGAAGGAGGUGGCGGCGGGUGGGAAAGGGGGCAAGGGGUGGAAGAAGAGUGGUCAGGAUGACAGAGGUAACAGAAAGGAUAGUAAGAGCGGCAAGGGGGGUAAGCGGGGAGAGGACGAAAAAAGGAAGGCGGAUGAGAUGCCGCCUACCGAGGAAGGGAAGAAGAAUGCCGAGACGAAGCUUGCUAUGAGGACCAAG